AUGACCUCACAGAGAACCACAGAUGUUCCAAAAACAUUCCCACGUUUAUUAGAGGUCAAAGGACUACUGAAUCAAGACUUUGUGCUGCUGUUUGGUGAGGAAACAUCCUCCAGGUUACUUGAGAGGUGGGACACGACCUUCAAGCCGAAGGUUGUCGAAGAGUCCAAACACCUGACUAAGUCAACGGAGCUGCACCGACUUCUAAACGCUGCUGAGAAACAUGCAGAGGAUGAUGACACCAACUGGGACAGUGACAUGGCUUCUUUGCUGCUUCUUCUCCAUCUCUUGCCACCGACAGCAGGACGAAAGAGAAUCAACAUUAGUGCCAGUGAUGCAGAGGACAAAAUGGUGCACUUUCACAAGUCAUGCUGCAGCAUUGAUGAACAUCUGCGAGGAACAGAGGGUAAACAACCUUACAUCCUUGCUGUUGGCCGGGCUCAGAAGAGAAUCCACACAUUCUACAUCGUUGUGGACAAGCAGCUAAUCCCUUGCCAAGCCACCAGAUCCUUGGGUGCCUUUGAUGAGCUGUUCAAGUCUCACUACGUGUUCAAUCUUUCUUAUGAUGAGUUCCUGGUCCAUUUCUACACAUUUGUGCAGACAACAGUCUACAGCACUGACAUUACAACAACAGAUGAGUCUCCAAGAGUUCGUGAGUUUCGGGCAAAGCUUUUCAACUAGGUUAAAUGUUUAGAUGUUUAGAUGUGAUCAAAGCAGACAGUCUUGUAUAUUAUAAGCCCUUCGAUUUACAAAGAGCCUGUGGUGAAGAUGAAAGCCUAUAUAUUGUACCCAUGUUUUCUUUGUAACUGUGCUCAUGUUUCAGUUGUUCCCAAUCUACAUGGUGCUUGGGAGGUUUUUCUUUUGAAUAAAGAGCUCAAAAUUA